AUGUCCAUUUCUGGAGCCUACACUUCUCUACACACCGUGACUGAAGUUUCUAAGGAAUGUUCAGCCACUGUCAUAGCCUGGAGUGUCACGAUCAAGCCAGAGACUCCCUUGCAGAGCAACCCGACCCCACGCAACAGUCGCCGAACUAACGCGGGAGAGGGAACGUGUCUCCCGGCCGGGCGCGACGGCUGUGAAAACUCUACGGACAUGGCUACCCACGUUUCACUACUCGAACUCUUAUGGUUUCUCAUUGGUUCCCAAGACCCUCAGGUUCCUCAAGACCCUCAGGUUCCUCAAGACCCUCAGUUCCUCAAGACCUUCAGGUUCCUCAAGACCUUUCAGUUCCUCCAGACCCUCAGGAUCCUCAAGACCCUCAGGUUCCUCCAGACCCUCAGGUUCCUCCAGACCCUCAGGUUCCUCCAGACCCUCAGGAUCCUCCAGACCCUCAGGUUCCUCAAGACCCUCAGGAUCCUCCAGACCCUCAGGUUCCUCAAGACCCUCAGGUUCCUCAAAACCUUCAGGUUCCUCCAGACCCUCAGGUUCCUCAAGACCUUCAGGAUCCUCAAGACCCUCAGGUUCCUCAAGACCCUCAGGUUCCUCAAGACCCUCAGGUUCCUCAAGACCUUCAGGUUCCUCCAGACCCUCAGGUUCCUCCAGACCCUCAGGAUCCUCCAGACCCUCAGGUUCCUCCAGACCCUCAGGUUCCUUCAAGACCCUCAGGUUCCUCCAGACCCUCAGGUUCCUCCAGACCCUCAGGAUCCUCCAGACCCUCAGGAUCCCCCAGACCCUCAGGAUCCCCCAGACCCUCAGGUUCCUCAAGACCCUCAGGAUCCUCCAAGACCCUCAGGUUCCCAAGACCCUCAGGUUCCUCAAGACCCUCAGGUUCCUCCAGACCCUCAGGUUCCUCAAGACCCUCAGGUUCCUUCAGACCCUCAGGUUCCUCAAACCCUCAGGUUCCUCAAGACCCCUUUUGUUCUUUCUACCCGCAGGCUCGAAGACCCGAAGAUCGUGUCGGUGGACUUCCAGCCAGCCUACAACGCCGUCAACCACCACUGCGAGAUGUACGAGCUGGUCGAGCGCCCGCACCGACUGCCUGGUCCUGCGUCGGGGCGGACUCUUCUCCUUGGACAUCGAACUGAACCAGCGCGCCGCCCUCGCCACCGAGCAGCAGUCAAGCUGUACUUCUCCUUCGGUCCUCGUCCCAACGUGGAGAAGGGGACCCAGGGCCUCCUCGUCGUCACGGGGACCAAGAUUGAGAAGACCCACGAUGACUGGGACGUGAAGCUCGUCAAGGAGUCGGGAAGGAAGGCCACGAUCGAAGUGCAGAUUCCCACCGACGCCCCCGUGGGAGUGUGGAAGGUGGCGGCCGAGGUGACCCGAAGGAACCAGCCCGGGGAGAGACACCUGCGCCGGUUCGAUACCCACGUGUACAUCCUCUUCAACCCUUGGAAUGAACAUGACGGCACAUAUCUCCCUGAGGAGAAGAUGCGCGAGGAGUAUGUUCUCGCUGCAGUUGGGAAGGUGUUUGUGGGCAGUUACCCUCACACCCGCGGCCGCCACUGGGCCUUCGGGCAGUUCGACGACGCGGUCCUCCCGGCGUGUAUGCUGCUGCUGGAGAAGUCAGGCGUCUUGGCCGAGGCGCGCGGAGACCCCGUGCGAGUGUCCAGGGCCCUCUCCAAGAUGGUGAACAGCAACGACGACGCUGGCCUCCUCGUGGGGAAGUGGGACGGCGAGUACGAGGACGGGAGAGCGCCCGCUAAGUGGCUCGGUUCCAUCGAGAUCAUGGAGACUUACCUCAGGACGCGUCAGUCGGUCAAAUACGGCCAGUGCUGGGUGUUCGCCGCCUGUCUCAACACCAUCUGUCGAGCUCUGGGUAUACCUUGCCGUGUCGUGACCAAUUUCGCCUCUGCACACGACACCAACGUCUCUCUCUCCAUCGACGAGUACUUCGACGAGGACGGCGACCAGAUCGAAGCGAACGACCGUUACGUCAACCCAGCUGGCAUCCGAGACUCCAUUUGGAACUUCCACGUUUGGAAUGACGUGUGGAUGGCCCGACCUGACCUUCCUGAUGGCUUUGGAGGCUGGCAGGUCAUCGACGCCACGCCACAGGAGACGAGCGAUGGGUCUUACCAGUGCGGCCCAGCUUCCCACGAGGCCAUCAGGCAGGGCCGCGUUGACCUCAAAUAUGACGUGCCCUUCGUGCUGGCCGAGGUCAACGCUGACGUCGUGCGCUGGCAGAAGGACGACCACGCGGAAGGAGGGUUCAAGAAGCUGGCGACGCAGACGAGCAGCGUCGGCCGCCUCAUCCUGACGAAGAAGCCCGGCCCCGUGGCUCCAGGAGGCUUCUUCGAGUCGGAUCGCGAAGACAUCACGUGGGACUACAAGCCCCCCGAAGGAACCAGGGCCGAGAGAGUCAGCAUCCUCAGCGCCGCCAGGAGGACCCGCACCGCCCGACAAGUCUUCGACAUGCCCAGCGAAGCCAAGGAGGACGUGAGUUUCAAGAUCGAGGAUCGAGACCAGAUUCCCAUUGGCGACAAUUUCUCUGUCACGAUAACCGCUACGAACACCAGCAGCGAGGUGAGGACGAUCAACGUGGUGAUGACGUGUGCCAGCAUGUACUACACGGGAGCCAAAGCACACACCAUCAAGCGCACUGACGGAGAGAUGCACCUGGAGCCCAAUGAGACCAAGACUAUGUCCAUGGAGGUAUACUACUCCGACUACUACUCGAAGCUCGUUGACCACGACCUUAUCAAGAGCAUCGUCAUUUGCAACGUGCAGGAAACAACACAGUGCUGGGGAGGCGAAGACAACCUGGAGGUUCACAAGCCUGACAUCACCAUUGAGGUGUUGGGACCGGCCGUGGCGACUAAGGCUGUUCCCAUAAGGGUGUCCUUUGAUAACCCUAUCCCACUGCUGCUGAAGGAGUGUCAACUGAAGCUGGACGGGCCGGGACUUAUGCGUCCGAAGACCGUGGAACUCGAAAACAUCGCUCCCAAAGGAAAGAUGAAGUUUGAGAUGAACUUGUACCCGAAGAAGGCGGUGGAGGGGACCCUGAUCGUGCAGUUCAACAGCAAGCAACUGUGCAACCUCACUGGUGCCAAGAAGAUCGUUGUAACCGACGCUUAAUUGUGGAUACGAGCCUAUUUUUUCUUCUUUUUUUCGCGGUCCGAAGACUAAAACUAAGCCAAAGAGAGAAACCUUUUCUUGUUUGUUGUUUUACGCUUAUGUGUAGCGCUUUUCAGCUACUAAUAAUGUUGAGCAGUUUGUACCUUAGAUUAAACUUAUAGGAUCUUAGAACAGCAUUCUGCAUACGUAUUUCCCGAGAGCUUUGGGAAUUGUGUGAAAUGCAUCUUAAUAUUUUGUAAGGUUUUGCUUCAUGUUUGAAAUACCAUAGGUAAGCAAGUGAAAAAAAAAAACAGCUUAUUCUUUAUUUAUAUGACCUGAUCGACAGAAUAUCUGAUAAUGACCAAAUGUUUUUUUUUUUUUUUUCGAAAUGGAAUUAAUGUAACCCUAACAAACAAUAAGAUUAAGACAAGACUGAGGUUUUAGAAUGGCGUCUUGGCUUAUCUUUGCAAAAUUCCAGGUGAUCACUUGGAAGUAUUUUGUUAAAGCCUAAAAAAAAAAAAAAACAUGUUGCGUUCAUGUUUUGUUUUGUUUCCAAUUUCUUCUUGAUUGGAAGAGUAAGAAACAUAUCAGAUUAAGUUUAGUUGGCAUCGAUUGUAUUCCCGAUGACAAUUGCUUCCUUAAAUAAAUAUGUACCAAAAAUCAA